AUGCCGACUCCAGAUCACGAAUCCCAUCAUGAAGUUGCGUCGCGCUCUGUAGAUGUCAGCACAACCGAUGGAGCUUCUCUCGACACUCCCCCGGAAGUUGUGGCUCAUAACUCCAAUCACAUAACCAACGGACAGAAUGAAGAUGUGCCUAGUGAAUGGCUUACCGCUACUGCAUUACCCACCAUAUCAUCUGAAUUCAAGGCAGUCAGUGAUAUUGGAUGGUACGGUAGUGCCUAUCUUUUGGCACAGACAUCAUGCCAACCCGUAUUUGGGAAGAUCUAUACUUGCUUCGAGCCCAAGGCAACCUAUCUUACUAGCCUUCUUGUUUUCUGUAUUGGCUCGAUUCUUUGUGCUGCAGCCCCUGUCUCUUCGUGCUUGAUUCUUGGUCGAGCAGUGACUGGGCUUGCUGCAGCUGGAAUUCUCACGGAAGUCACUACUCCAGGUGUUGACGCCCCAGCUUUAAGCACUGCUGUUUCUGAUCUCAUUUUUCGCAGAGCCAUUUUUGGCCGUGUGGUCCCCCCGAGACUUAGGCCGCAAGAAAUGGCAAUCAUGGUUAGCAUUAGUAGCAUUGUAUCAAUGAUAGGUAGCACCGUCGGUGGUGUUCUUACAGAUUCGAUUCUAACAUGGAGGUUCUCCUUCUGGUUAAACUUACCGCUUGGACUUGCCUGUAGUCUCGUUGUCUUUUACAUCCUAGAUCGCAAGCCUCACCCUGAUCGCCAGUUACCCAUUUCCACGAAGCUAUUGAAGCUGGAUCCUCUUAGCUUUAUUUUGCUACUAUCAAGUAUGACCUGCCUUUUUGUGGCUGUUGAAUUCGGUGGCGUAUCCGUCUCAUGGUCGAAUUCAAAAGCUUGGGGAUCUGUACUAGGAUUUGGACUUCUUGGGAUUUCUUUCAUCAUUCUUCAGCGACACCAAAAAGAAAAUUUGGUAACUGGCUUCUCAACAACGCGGUGUGGCCAUUACGUGCCAUUCAUGUGGGCGGGAGCAUUAAUAUAUGUAGCUGGAAGUGCGCUUCUAUAUCUGCUCACAACAGAUAGUGGUAUGGGGGUUUACAUCGGCUAUUCAGUAAUCGCCGGAAUAGGAUGCGGAAUGGCAAUUCAAGUCACUUUUAUCGCAGUACAAGUAGUUGUUUCGCCUUCUGAAAUGGCGCACGCUUGCAGCAUGGAGGUUUUAUUUCGUCAGCUUGGAAGUGCUAUAGCUAUCAGUGUUGCUGAGAACAUCUUCCUAUCAUCAACACAAGGCCGACUUCAACAGCUUCUUCCACAGAGUAACGAUUCAAUCCUCAAAAGCGACAUUCGCGAGUUUGCUAUGCUGAGCCAGACAUUUCCUCCAGCAGAGCAACAGGAGGCCAAGAGUUUCAUUGGUUACGGCGUUAAGCAGGCUUUCAUACUACCCUUGACUGCUAGUUGUGUAGCCGCUGUUGCAAGCUGGGGAAUGGAACGAAUCAAGAUUGAAGACGAAAACGAGAGAGCAAUAGCCCAAAAUAUUGAAUUGACUUGA